GCUAGGAUUACUGGCUUGAGCCACCGCCCCCGGCCUACAGUGCCGUUUAAAUAAAAAGACCUUAAAGCAAUAAAACAGCGUCAUUGGGUCAGUGCUUCGGUCCAUGUAGCACGAUAAUACGGAGAACAAAAAGCCUCUCAGGUUUUUUGAAUGUCAGAAGAUUGGUAGUUUUUUUUCCUUCCCAAGAAACGCGCCGCAAACGCCGAGGAAGCGCUUUCUGGGCGGAGCCCCGGCAGUUUAAGUUCCUCCUAUUGGCUCUUCUUGGAGACCCCGCCCUCAAGUCCCGCCUCUCGGGAAGACGAGCCAAUUGGGUCGCGAGUUGUGGUUUAAACCGGGAGUGUGCCGGGCCCGUUAGCAGCGGUCUUAGAAUAAUCCAGAAUGGCUACUCUGAUCUUUGUCGAUAAGGAAAAUGGAGAACUAGGUACCCGUGUGGCUCCUAAGGAUGGGCUGAAGCUGAGGUCUGGGCCUUCAACCAAAGCCUCAGAUGGGAGAUCUCAGGUUUCAACACCGAAUGUUGGCAAAAUAUUUGAUGCUCCACCAGCCUUACCUAAAACUGCCAGAAAGGCUUUGGGAACUGUCAACAGAGCUACAGAAAAGUCAGUAAAGACUAAUGGACCCCUCAAACAAAAACAGCCAACCUUCCCUGCCAAAAAGUUGUUCCAGGUGACUGAGAAGACUAUUAAAGCAAAAAGCUCGGUUCCUGCCUCUGAUGACACCUAUCCAGAAAUAGAAAAGUUCUUUCCCUUCAAUCCUCUAGAUUUUGAGAGUUUUGACCUGCCUGAAGAGCACCAGAUUGCAGACCUCCCCUUGAAUGGAGUGCCGCUCAUGAUCCUUGAUGAGGAGAGAGAACUUGAAAAGCUGUUACAGCUGGGCCCCCCUUCACCUGUGAAGAUUUCCUCUUCACCAUGGGAAUCUGAUCCGUUGCAGUCUCCUUCAAGCAUUCUGUCGACCCUGGAUGUUGAAUUGCCACCUGUUUGCUAUGACAUAGAUAUUUAAAAUUCUUAGUGCUUUGUAGUUUGUCUGUUUGUAUUAAUAAAGCAUUUCUUUAGUAGA